GUGAGGAGAGUUAUUGGAGAGAAGUGUCAAAGGUGGGGGCCCCGGAGGGCUCAUAAUUCCUCCCCCAUCAGCUGCCCGAGGUCUGAUUAUUCCUCCCCUAUCAGCUCCCUGAGGUCUGAUAAUUCCUCCCCCAUCAGCUGCCUGAGGUCUGAUAAUUCCUCCCCCAUCAGCUGCCUGAGGUCUGAUAAUUCCUCCCCCAUCAGCUGCCUGAGGUCUGAUAAUUCCUCUCCUAUCAGCUGCCUGAGGUCUGAUAAUUCCUCCCCCAUCAGCUGCCUGAGGUCUGAUAAUUCCUCCCCCAUCAGCUGCCUGAGGUCUGAUAAUUCCUCCCCCAUCAGCUGCCUGAGGUCUGAUAACUCCUCCCCCAUCAGCUGCCUGAGGUCUGAUAAUUCCUCCCCCAUCAGCUGCCUGAGGUCUGAUAAUUCCUCCCCCAUCAGCUGCCUGAGGUCUGAUAAUUCCUCCCCCAUCAGCUGCCUGAGGUCUGAUAAUUCCUCCCCUAUCAGCUGCCUGAGGUCUGACAAUUCCUCCCCUAUCAGCUGCCUGAGGUCUGAUAAUUCCUCCCCCAUCAGCUGCCUGAGGUCUGAUAAUUCUUCCCCCAUCAGCUGCCUGAUGUCUGAUAAUUCCUCCCCCAUCAGCUGCCCGAGGUCUGAUAAUUCCUCCCCUAUCAGCUUCCUGAGGUCUGAUAAUUCCUCCUCUAUCAGCUGCCUGAGGUCUGAUAAUUCCUCCCCCAUCAGCUGCCUGAGGUCUGAUAAUUCCUCCCCUAUCAGCUGCCUGAGGUCUGAUAAUUCCUCCCCCAUCAGCUGCCUGAGGUCUGAUAAUUCCUCCCCCAUCAGCUGCCUGAGGUCUGAUAAUUCCUCCCCCAUCAGCUGCCUGAGGUCUGAUAAUUCCUCCCCCAUCAGCUGCCUGAGGUCUGAUAAUUCUUCCCCCAUCAGCUGCCUGAGGUCUGAUAACUCCUCCCCUAUCAGCUGCCUGAGGUCUGACAACUCCUCCCCCAUCAGCUGCCUGAGGUCUGAUAACUCCUCCCCUAUCAGCUGCCUGAGGUCUGACAAUUCCUCCCCCAUCAGCUGCCUGAGGUCUGAUAAUUCCUCCCCCAUCAGCUGCCUGAGGUCUGAUAAUUCUUCCCCCAUCAGCUGCCUGAGGUCUGAUAACUCCUCCCCUAUCAGCUGCCUGAGGUCUGACAACUCCUCCCCCAUCAGCUGCCUGAGGUCUGAUAACUCCUCCCCUAUCAGCUGCCUGAGGUCUGACAAUUCCUCCCCCAUCAGCUGCCUGAGGUCUGAUAACUCCUCCCCUAUCAGCUGCCUGAGGUCUGACAAUUCCUCCCCCAUCAGCUGCCUGAGGUCUGAUAACUCCUCCCCUAUCAGCUGCCUGAGGUCUGAUAACUCCUCCCCUAUCAGCUGCCUGAGGUCUGAUAACUCCUCCCCUAUCAGCUGCCUGAACUGGUGCUGAUUUCACACGCUGUCUUCCAGCUCCCCCAUACGGAAGCCCUGUGGAUGUUUACAUUCCUCCUGACUGCAGGGCUUUGUCCCGUUACCCUGUCAGGCACUGGAUAGAAUAGAAGCUGUCACACCUCAGGUGACCCCCGACCCCCCGGGUCCCGUCCAUCGUCCGACACAUUGCACAUUUAUGAUCAUAGAAGACUGUGUGGGCUCUGCAUACACCUCGCUGUGACAGGUUCUCUUUAGCAUUGGUGAGUAGAUUAGGUGAGGCUCCUAUUAUAUCCCCCUCAUUGAUAUAUAUUGUGUGUGUGGAUGUAACCCCUCCCCCCCCCCCCAUGUGACAUGUGUGAUGUGACUUUGCCGUGACCCCCUCAUUGUGAUGUAGAAGAAACCAGGCUGACCGUCUUUUCUGGGGUCACCGGACAGGGAUUCGGGGGUUGGGAUCGUUGUUUCCUACUAUGACACUGCCUGAAUUUUAAAGAAUAAAAUCCACUUAUAAAA